AUGGGGUCCUCUCCGCACGAACGUGCGGGCCAACCCCAACUGGAGGAGACGGACGUCAUUCAACUACCUUCGCAUGACAAUCUGGACUUUUCCCACAACGACUUAUCCACUGAAAGUGACGAUGACAGUGUAGAUACUGCCAUCCAUGACGAGAACUAUACACGAAGAACCCCACGUCCGCCGCCACUACUCAUAAACCACCGCCGUUUCCCAUCAGCGGACGAAGAUAAUAGUGAUCACGAUCAUGACAGUAUUCUCCCUUCGCAUGAGGGAUUCCAAGAAGAGAAACCAGUGACAUGGAGCUCUUUACCAAAGAAAGGGCAACUGGCUAUCCUGACCUUUGCCAGAUUAUCGGAGCCGCUUACCCAAACCUCAUUACAAGCCUACCUGUUCUAUCAACUUAAAUCGUUUGACCCGUCAUUACCAGACUCGGCAAUCUCGGCGCAGGCCGGGAUCAUGCAGGGUAGCUUCACUGCUGCCCAGUUUCUGACUGCGGUCUGGUGGGGUCGACUGGCUGAUGCAGAAUGGAUGGGCCGUAAGAGAGUUCUGCUGAUCGGUCUUCUGGGAACAUGUAUCUCGUGUUUAGGAUUUGGAUUCUCCCGAUCCUUUACAUCGGCUAUCGUCUUCCGCACUCUGGGUGGAGUGUUGAAUAGUAAUGUCGGUGUGAUGAGAACUUUAAUUGCUGAGAUUAUUGCGGAAAAGAAGUACCAAUCAAGAGCAUUUUUGCUACUGCCCAUGUGUUUCAACAUUGGUGUGAUUAUCGGUCCAAUCUUGGGAGGCUCGCUGGCCGAUCCUGUCAAUAGCUUCCCAUGGUUAUUCGGUCCCGGCUCUGCCUUUGGAGGCAAAGACGGCGUCUGGUGGAUGCAGCGCUGGCCGUAUGCCCUGCCGAAUGUGUUGAGUGCUAUUUUUAUAUUCAUGUCAUUACUCGCUGUCUUCCUUGGCCUCGACGAAACACACGAAGUCGCGCGUUACCGUAGUGACUGGGGCCGCAAAUUAGGAAAAAGAAUUGUGCGAGCCUUUACCAGGCAGCCUCGACACUAUCGCCCUCUUCAAACUGACGAUACUGACUCCGUGUAUCUCGAUGGCAGCGUGGGCACAUGGUCUGCGCCAUCAAGUCCAGCCCGCUCACGCACGCAUCCUCGACCUCGUCCCCAUAAGCGACCUGGCUUCCGACAAAUUUGGACCAAAAAUGUGAUGCUCACAUUGUUUGCACACUUUCUCUUGGCUUUCCAUACGAGCGCUUUCAACGCAAUGACCUUCGUGUUCCUUCCAACCCCUCGCGCACCCAAAGGUUCCCGCGAUGGGUUCUUCCACUUCGGUGGCGGACUGGGUCUUCCCUCAGCGCGUGUCGGUCUAGCCACAGCUAUCAUUGGGUUCAUUGGCCUCCCUCUGCAAAUCUUCCUUUAUCCUCGCAUCCAGUCCAAACUCGGAACCCUCACCUCCUUCCGCGUGUUCCUCCCAUUCUCCCCUAUCUCCUACCUGCUUAUGCCAUUCCUCGUCGUCUUACCACGUCUAGUGUGGGUUGUUUGGCCCGCUUUCACCGUCGUGGUAUCUCUGCAGGUCAUCUCACGCACCUUCGCGCUCCCUGCUGCCAUCAUUCUUGUCAAUAACUGUGUGACUGACGCUUCUAUUUUGGGUACGGUUCAUGGAGUUGCGCAGAGUAUUUCUAGCGCUGCUCGCACCCUGGGCCCUUUCCUUGGAGGGUGGGGUCUUGGUCUUGGUCUGGCUAAUAACAUGGUCGGGGCUGUGUGGUGGGGGUUGGCUAUUGAAGCUUUCCUGGGCUGGUUUGUGCUGUGGACUAUCCAGGAGGGAAAGGGUAUACAGAAGCCAAAGGAAGAGAAUGAUGAUGAGGAUGAUUGA